AUGAAACAAAAAAAUUCAAUAAAAAUUCUUGUUUUUCCUUUAUAUAGAGAAUUAAAACGUAUAGCAUAUCAUCCAAUUAUAUUUAUAAUAACUGAUAAUAGUUCAUUAUCAACAUCUAAUAAUCCUAAUGUAUUAUUUUCAUUAUCAAUUAUUGAUGAAUUUAAAAUUGAACAGAUCAGUUUUAAUCCAAUUGCACCAACUUAUAUGAAAAAAGCUCUUGAAUUAAUUAUUCAUCAAGCAUCUUUAUUAAAAUUAAAACCCCCAUCACGUGAUUGCAUUCAUGAUAUUAUUCAAACAGCAAAUGGUGAUCUUCGUUUAGCAAUUAAUACAUUACAAUUUUCUAAUUCAGAAGAAAAUUCAACAGACGAAAAUACAAAAAAUCAACCUGAAAAUCUUAUUGAACAAUGUCAUAUAUCAGCACCGACAUUUAUUGGUUUUUUAUUUGAAAAUUAUAUUGAUUUUUAUUCGACCAUUGAUGAUGCAGCUCAAUUAUGUGAUCAUCUUAGUUUAACUGAAUAUAUUCUUAAUGAAUGGGAGUCACGUUUACAACUUUCAUCAAUAUCGUCAAGUAUAGCUUGUCGAGCAGUACGUUUAUGUAAUUCCGUUCCAAUUAACCGAGGUUUCAAACCUUUACGUAAACCACAAGAUAAUGAUGUUAGAACAAGAAUACAAAAAAAUCGAACAUUAUUGUCAACAAAUAAACUAUAUUAUGGUUGUUCAGAAGAAGAAUAUUUUUCGACUGUUUUACCAUAUCAAGCAUUUCUACUAAAAAUUUCAAAAUCUUCAACAACAAAUGCAACAAAUCGUUCGAUUCUGGACAUUGGUUUUAUUGACCGAUAUACAAAAAAAUGGAAUGAUAAUAAUUCAAUGGUAACUGAAAAGAAUAGUUCAAUUGCACUUCUUAGUGAUAAUAAUAAUAUUCAAACAGAUGAAACAUCUUUUAAUUUUUCUGUUAUUCAUGCAACAACAAUUAAAUUAAAUGAACUUGAAUAUGAUGAUAACAUUGAUAUAGAUACAAUUGAUGAUUAA